CACUGUUCUAGGUGUGUCAGUAUUCCCGGAGCGACACAUGUCAUAUUUAAUACAAUAGAGAGAAUGAUCAUUAGCCCUCAUUAGGACUGUUAGGUGACCCUCUAAUUACAGACCAUUUCAGUCAGUCAGCUUCUAAAGGUUAUCAGGGAUGGUUCUUUGUGUUCCCUCAUACCUUUGAUGAGACCAUGUCUAUUGCUGCAGCUAAUUAACCAUGUCUCCGUCACCAGUAAUCAUAGCGCUAUGUCCUAACGAAGCUCACCGCCACCCUGACAUAAUAGCAUUCCACUACUUCAUUCAAAACCCGGGAAAUAUCCUAGAGAUGGUCUGUGGCAGGAUGAGAGUCAUUAAUAAGGACUUCUGAUAGACCCAUCAAAUGAGCAAACGAGUCAAACAGAACAUGCACACUGAUGGACAGUCUUUUUGUUGAUGUCCCCGUCGACUGGACUAAAGAUAUCUUAAUGACGUCCAUGGAGGGUGUAAAUGAGACGACAUAGGGCCUUACAAAAGGAGAGCGGCUUCAGAGAGAGGUGAGAGUAGAAGUGGACCCCACAGCCUUUUGGCAGAACAUGUGUUUCAACACAAAGCAUCUUCCUACAGCACCAGGGAUGGACACAGCAUGCUCAACCACCAAGAAGCUCAAGUUGCUCAUCUUGUUGCUACUCGUCUCUCAUCUGGCCUGUGACGCUCAGGAGGUUGCCAACUGUUGCAGACAGAAAUCCCACUCCUGCCGUCUUUACGUCCUGCUCUGUCGCUCAGGUAAUGGGACGGGGACAAGGGGACCCCUCACUGAUGACGCAGCCGCUGGAAUCCUGACACUCGGUAAACGGAAAGAAACUGAUGAACGUCGCUUCCAGAGCCGGUUGAGUCAGCUACUCCAUGGGUCACGGAACCAAGCGGAGGGAAUCUUAACGAUGGGGAAGAGGACCGAAGACACAGCAGAACCGCUCAUGCGCUUGUUUCCCAUUUUAGAGACGGCCCCCACUACCAUGGCCCAGUUGGUUUUACAACUACCGUUCAAGUGACUCAUCUGGAAAACAUCAAUGUUGAUGCAUCAUUUUUGAGGGACUGCGUCAAACAUGUAUAUAUGAAAACAUGGGUUUUGGGUAAAAUUUUCCUUUAAGAUUGAAUUUGUUUGUGGAGUAGGUGUUAGUAAUGUUGUUAGUAAUGUUGUAAAUAUUGUAUAUGAUCUCAUUGGUGUAAUAAAUGUGAUAAUGUUCACGUAGCACAGUUGAACUUGCUUCCCUGGUGUCUCUGUAUUUUAGGUGAUGGGAAAGUAAAUAUGAAGAAAGUGACUGUCAUGAGGGUUGAGUCAUCUAGUUGUGUCUAUGUUAUGGCAUCACAUCACUGGCAUCACAGUCAGACAACCCCAAUAGCCCCAACCAGCCCAAAUCAUCAACCCCUCAAUCAGCCAUGAGCACAUGUCUGGAUGGAUAGGUGUGUUUGUUCGAGUGUAUGUUCCAGAAAUUAACUUUUCCCAGAAAUACCUUGGUUUCUGUGAAAGCUGGAGGUCUGCUGUAUUUUCCAUCUCUCUUUCAUUCUAACCUGCCCUCUCUCUCCAAACUCACUCAAGGAUUCUUCCUCUUUCACAGCUUUUCUCAUGGGGGCAGCAUGGAGCUGCUUCAAGGCUCACGUCUGUGUGGAUCUCUGUGUUACUCAGAGGGCACAUAUUGUAGUCUGUUGUAUAGCCAAAGACCGAGGUCAAGACCCACUGUAUUUCUUCAUCAUUGCAUUACAUUCUCUUGCCACAUUUUUUGUCCCUCUCUUCUCACCUUGUAGCUUCUUUCUAAAUGUUUGUACUUUAUAUAUUGUUAAUAACUGAAAAACAGCAUUG